CUGUUUUCUCCCAAACUCAAAUCUCUUAAAUCAAAAUCUAACAGUCUCCCUCUCUUUUACACAAAUGCUCACUUCUGCAUAUUCUGAAACCAGAAAUUAAACCAUUAGCUUUCCAGUUUCUUUUUUUUUCUCCAAGUCUCCAUAUACUCUGUUCAUUCUUCUAACUACAUUUUGAUUGAACCAAGAAUAUGGAUUCGUCGAAGAAACUCUCGUUUCCCGACCAGUUCUUGUCUGCGAGAAGAAGAAACAUCUUGUCCAGAUUCUGUCUAGGAAUCUCUGCUUCUCUCGUUCUCCUCACUCUUCUCUCUCUUACUAACUCUUCCUUCAACGUCCCCUUCGUCUCUCCUCUGCUUCAAGGCUUCAAAAACUCCAAUCUGAAGAACCCUCCUUCUCCUUCUCCUCAAUUCAACUCUUCAGAGUCAUCAUCUUCUUCUUCCAAUCAAGUUGAAGAGAAGAAGCCUGAAGUAGUUCCAGUUCCAGUUCCAGUUCCAACCUUUAAAUCUGGACAAACAGGAGAUUCUGGUCCGAAGAAUACAAGUUUGUCUGGAGAAGGUGAAGUCUCAAGCGUUGAAUCUGGACAAAGAUCUGGCGUAACAGUUAAGGAUUCGAGUUUGUCUGAAGAUGAUGAUAAAGUCUCAAGCCGGAAUGACCAAAAUACCCUCCAAGCAAAUGUUACCAUAAGUGUAGACAACAGCUCGACCUUGGUAUCUGAUAGGGUUGAUAAGGUCCCUGUGGUAGCAGAUCGAAGCAGAGGUUCUUACGAGGAUUGUGAUAUCUACGACGGAAACUGGGUGAGAGUUGAUGAUGAAACGAUGCCGUAUUACCCACCUGGUUCGUGCCCGUAUACAGACAGAGAUUUCAACUGUCACGCUAACAAAAGACCUGAUGAUGGUUAUGUUAAAUGGAAAUGGCAGCCUAAUGGGUGUGACAUUCCCAGGUUGAAUGGGACAGACUUUCUUGAGAAGCUAAGAGGGAAGAAGCUAGUUUUCGUUGGAGACUCGUUGAACAGAAACAUGUGGGAGUCUCUUGUUUGCAUACUUAGACAUAGCCUCAAGGACAAGAAACGAGUUUAUGAGAUCUCAGGGAGGAGAGAGUUCAAGAAGAGAGGCUUCUACGCUUUCAGAUUCGAGGACUAUAACUGCACGGUGGAUUUCGUUGGCUCGCCGUUUUUUGUUAGGGAAUCGAGUUUUAGAGGCGUGAACGGGACGGCAUUGGAGACUUUAAGGUUGGAUUUGAUGGACAAGACGACAUCCAUGUAUAGAGAUGCUGAUAUACUCGUAUUCAACACUGGUCAUUGGUGGACUCAUGACAAAACAAAGUUAGGAGAAAACUAUUACCAAGAAGGUAACAUAGUGUACCCAAGGCUCAAGGUUCUGGAAGCUUAUAAACGAGCUCUCACCACAUGGGCCAAAUGGGUUGAUAAGAACAUCGACCGGAACCAAACCCAUGUUGUAUUUAGAGGCUAUUCCGAAACACAUUUCAGAGGAGGGCCAUGGAACUCGGGAGGACAAUGCCAUAACGAAACAGAACCAAUCUACAACACACGUUACUUAAAAAAGUAUCCUUCAAAGAUGAGAGCUCUUGAGUACAUACUCCGUGAUACAAUGAAAACACCGGUGAUUUACAUGAACAUAAGCAGACUAACGGAUUUUAGAAAAGAUGGUCACCCUUCUAUAUAUAGGACGGUGUACAGGACGGAAAGGGAGAAGAGAGAAGCUGUGAGCCACCAAGAUUGUAGCCAUUGGUGCUUGCCGGGUGUACCGGACACAUGGAACCAGCUCUUGUAUGUAUCUCUGUUAAAGGCCGGGCUUGCAUCUAAGUGGUAGUCAAAAGUCCUUUGCCUUUGUAUUAUUGUUUGCGGUUGUGCAGUAUAAAUGUAGCAACUUAAGUCUCCCUUCUGUAAAAGGGAGUUUUUUUUUCCUACAAACUUUUUGUAUCAUUGCACCGAAAAGCACGUUUAUACUUGUUGCCUUGUUGGUAUGGAUUUGCGUAUAGGCAUUACAUUACUUUGGAAUUCAUGGAAUCUGUUUCCCAUGUCACAUUGCAUGGACGUUUGAACGAUCUUAAACACA